GUGUAUGAAUUUGGCCAAUGUGACUUUAAAUGAUUAAAAAGUUACCCACCAUGAGCAAGGAAUCACAGCCUUUAGACUCCUGGUCACUCAGGUACCAUAGUUCGUACAACAGAGUCACAGCUUUUUCACAAGUAUAGUCGAGCGUGAAGCCAACCUCGGGUGGACCAAGUGCUGCUGUGCUCUUGAGUGGCCUUUGAGGUCAUCCAGCCCCAAACCACCCCUCAUUCCUCAGCAAAGAUUCCAGGUGACAGUCUGCUGGCCUGCAGUUCCAGUGGUGGAGCACAGCAUGGGCAUAGCCUGCUAGGACUGAAGAGCUGCAAGCACCCACCUCACAGUGCAGUAGGGUGAGCCUGCGAGGGCUGACUCCACACUCCCCUCUCAUAAGCCCUUUUAAACAUCUCUCCUUUGACACUCACUUGAUCUACUUAGAUCCUCCAAGACUCACAGAAGCAAGUUUGUGGGCUCAUUCUGCAUGCUUCACACACAGAAACCAUUUGGCAUCUGCAUUCUGGGUAUUUGGUCCCUGAGCAGUAGUUGUCGUCUGUUACUGACCCUACUUCUCCUACAGGACCAAUAGCCCUGAACUAAACCAGAAAGAUCUGAAUGAGCAUCUGCUCCUGAGUCAGCCAGUUGAGCAAGGCCUGCUCUCUAGGAACACAUUUUCCCACGGGUUCCCCCAAAAGGAUUUUCCUAGGGAGAAAUCUCUUACCACAGGAUAGUCAUGUCUACAUCUUGUCCUUUGAGAAAGGGCUUAAUAGAUCAAUAAUGGACAUAGAUUUCAUGAUCCAUGAAGGGAAUUACUUGAGGGUCCUCCAGGUCAUGUUCUAUCUUCCUUCUUUGGUCUGAUCUUGUUGUUGGAGCCCAAAGCUGAGCUUCACUCUGAAGUCACAGAAGGAAAGACCUAUAGAUGUGUCUGAGCCAGGUCUGCCUCACUUAUGCACCCCCAGAGCUGAUAGGACGUUCUGAGUGAACUCCAGACAUUCAUGGCACUUAACCGACUUUCUUUCUUUCUUUUUUUUUUUUUUCCCUCGGAGCUGAGGACCGAACCCAGGGCCUUACGCUUGCUAGGCAAGCGCUCUACCUCUGAGCUAAAUCCCCAACCCCCUGACUGUAUUUCUUAAAUUGGCUCCUUCCCCACAAUGUAAGAAGGCUGGAGGUGGUUGUGGCCUCUGGCUUGUCUCUUCCUCUCUCCAUGAGAGUCAGUUGUGAGUUUGCCUUUCCUUCAUGCAGUCUGGCUGCUUACAGAACUGCACACAUGUCCGCCAGAAACCAAACGAGACCAACAGCAAGUAGGAAUGAAAAGCAGCUGCUCACACAGUGGUGAGGUUAGUGGCCAGCAGGUUAAGACGUAGUGUAGGGAGACCUUUGUGGGAAGGGUGAGGUACUGUUCCAGAAGAGGCAAACUUCCCACAAGCAAAUUACAGCACUUGUUCUACAAGCUGACUCUGUGACUGCAUGUGUCUUGCUGGGCCUGUGUAGAGCUGAAACAACCUGAGUUUGCAUGGCAUGACAUCAUCAGGUUCUGUUGUUCCCGGAAGCCAUGCAUGUCCAUUGGCUGAAUGACUCUGUGGCAGAUUAUUAGCUUAAGCCAUCUUUCCACUCAUUUGUUCAGAGAACUAAAUCCUUUCCUCAUGCAUUGUUUGUGAUUUCAUUGCUUACCUGGAGAAAUGAGAAGAAAAUGGCUCCUAGAGUGCCUUGUUUUCCACGGCUGAGACUCUAGUCUUAAAAUCAAGGAUGUUUUGAGACAGACAGGGUUGGAGGCUCAUAAUUAACUUCCUGGGGACCAUACAGGGGAGGUAAGAGUUGAGAGCACCUUUUUGGGGCCUGGAGAUUUGAUUUCACCUUUUUUUUCUCCCUUAGUUUCUUUCCUUCUGCUCCCAGGUAAACUCGUAACUAAAGUUGGGUAACUUCAAGUGAACAGUGAAGUGGAACUGGGGGACCCUCAUAGAGCGAGCCUUCUGGUUUUGCAGUUCCCGAGCUGGGAGGUUCACUGAAGGACUGGAAGCCCCUUCACACCGGAGGCAGAAAGCAGACCCUACUCCUACACCAUGUAAACUUAGACUGGAGCGGAAGGAGUUUUGUGGUUACUGCUCAUGAUGCUUUAGCCCUGUCAGUUUAGGUCCUAGGGUUUAGGAUAGUCUAACCAAAGAAUUGUGGGACUUCCCACAGUUCCCAGCACUACCUGAUUUAAAUAACAAAACAAAGGGUGAGUUUGUUCUAGCUUUGGAUUUCAGAACUGCCUAUUCUAGUUGAGUAAAUGCUCCUGGUCCAAACCCUCAAGGUUGACUUAGCUGAAUGUGCCAGCCCCUGCCGCCUUAGGCUCCAUCCACACCCAUGUUCUUCCUUGGGCAUCAGAGCCUCUGUCUGCAGUUCAUUGGCUAUUUCAUGGAUCUCGCCAGAUUCCCGUGAAUCCACUCCUGUCUAUGCCAUUCAUGCCUGGAUCUUGCUGAAUACUAUGUCACAAAUAGCCCCCGGGUUGGCAUGUUGCCCUGAGCAUGCUAAAGUGGGGUUGACUGACAAGCUACAGGGUGACGUCCCCAAGACUGAGUACUGUUGCAUACUUAGGGGUAGUGUGGGCAGAGACCCAGCAUUGCAUUGUUCCUGGCAUACAUUGUUCCUGGCUGCCUUUGCCUUUGAGCAUGUUUUUUGGGGGGCACGAGGCAGGUAAAAACAUUGGCUCGUGACAUUCUCUGACUGGCUGCAGCUCUAGAAAGGGUGUCUAGCUUCAAAGUAAAUGUAGCCCUCUGGGGUCCCAGAAGACCCGGCCUAGCCUUUUAGUAGCAAAAGAUUGUAUGACCUCCUUCACUGGGGACAGGUUUAGCAAAUGAACACAGUCACCUCUGGGUUAAAGGUAAGCAGUGAGCGAUGACAGCAUGAGUUGCAGUUUGUCUGGUGUGCCUCUGUCUCUGCGUCUGCUGACACUCAUUACCUGGGGGCCGAGGCCUGGUGGGCUGCUAGGGGCUCUUUGCUGCUUGGACACCCCUCCUUUGCUGCCAUUCACACUUGAGAGGUAGCAAAAAUGGCAGCAAGAUUAGAAAGCAGUAACUGGCCUUCAGGCAGGUUGAUUGGGAUAACUGGGGACCCCAGAGGUCUUUUCUCCCGUCACCUGCCAGAUGUUUGUCCAUCAGGAGCUUCAGAUGCUGUGUAGAGGGGGAAAGAGGCAAGACAGAGUUAAUUCUCAAUAUGUAACUUCUGCUGGGAAUGUGGUGGGCGGAUUCUCUAUUUUCCUCUUUACCUUUCUGAUGUCACUCGUGUUUGUGGGGAGGGAGUGGUGGGGGAGUCAGUGCGUGUUCGUGUGUUCCUUUCCGUGCAGUAACCUGUGUGUUUGCUCUGUUCAGGACGCUUCUUUCACUCCACCCCUGUCUGUUCGGUAAAUAUUCUCCCAUUGUACCAUGUGCUACCUUUGUUCCGUUCUUCAGUGGAAUGGGAACCCCCUAGCUAAGGCUCCCAGAAGGUAACAGAAGUGCCUCUCCUCGCCUCGGGUAAGGGAGCUCCCCUGCACUCCUGUAUGUAAGGCUCCUAAGGCCUACCUGGCCCCUAGUGGGUCUCCAGUCACAGCCACCCACUUCCCUAAGUAGAGGACUUCUGUUCCAGCUCUGAAGUCAUUAAUAGCCUCAGACCUAGCCCUUUGGCAGCUGGGGAACAUCAGACUCAAACUGGUAGACAAUAAACGGCAUUCGAUGACAAAGGCAGCAGGUGGCAUUCUGGGGCCGAGGCCCUUCAGGAAGCACUGGGUAGUCCAUAUCGAGGGCUGGCUGUGUCUUAGCUGACAUCAGGAAAGGUGAGCCUGCCCUGGGGACUGGGGUUUAUUGGCAGUACCUGCUGUGUGUUUGUAGAGGUUUGGGCUCUGGUGUUCUGCCUGGGGAUAGAUAAAUGACCAGCAGUACAGAUUGGUGGUCAUGGCUCUUGCUGGGGCCCUUAGCUGAGCAGGUCCCUUGGUGGCAGUCGGCUGAUCUUAGAGCCUUGCCCUGUACCCAUGGCCUCAUACCCCUUCUAAGGCUUCAUGAUGUCCUCUGAACUCAGCACCUACUGAAUGCAGAGUGGCAAGGCAGUGUGUGGCCUUGGAAAGGACGUGGGCGAGUGGGCGGAACCAGACAGAGAAGAAAUACUACUGCAGCUGUUUCUUGAAGUGUCUACCUUUUUCAUGGAAAAGUUCUGAAUCUACCUGUGGUUCCAGCUACUUGGGAAGCAUUUACAGGAGGACUUGAGUUUAGCCCAAGGCCAACUAAGACCUUGUCUUUAUAAAAAGAAGGGGGGUGCGUUAUUGGCCCAUCGUGAUCGUCAGCUCAGCUUUUCCUUGGAAAUGACCAGGUUUCAGCAAUAAAAACCCUUGGAAGCAAAUGAACUAGUGCUGGAGAGAGAGGCCCAGAGCCUAGGAGCUUCACAGCAGCUCUGUUGGGCGCCAUCCCCACUGCUCUGAAGAUCGCCGGAAACUUCCUUCUCAGUUGUCCUACGUGUGUCUUUCUCCAGCAGCGCUACACUAGAGGCUUCCUCCUCACCGCCUCUGUCAUUCACUCGCUCAGAACGAACGGGAUCCUGCCAUGAGCCCUUGAGCAAAUGGGCUGGCUGCACUUUCAGAAACUUUAAAGCAAACCAAUUUCUAAGCCAUGGUUGGCUGUGUGCCAUGCGGCCCCUUUGGUGGUAACUGCAGCCAUCCACGUUUGAAAGCAUAAGCUGCCCCUGAGAGGUGUGAGCGACAGAAGAGACACAGUCGAAUGAGGCACUCUGGAGAGCAGAGCCCUGGACACAGAGCGUGAGCUGGUAGGGGACAUCCUAUGCCACAGAGCUACAGUGUGGCAGGGCUCUGGGAAGGGCUGGGAGCUCAGUUCCUCUCUGCUCUGAGACACCUUGCCACAGGGAAAACAGGGGUACCAGCUCCCUCUCCCUCAGCUCCUAGGAAGUCAUGCAUCCAAGUCACUCACCUACCAGGAGCCAUCACUCGAGAGACCCUCAUCAGGUAAAAGUUACUUUGCGUCUCUCCUCUCCCUGCCUUGUGGAGGUGGCUCUCAAAGCUGAGAGGGUUUCUCUCUGCUGUUUGGUGUAUUUCCUUCACAGCAGGGUUUCACAUGGCCUCAGGCAGAACAGCCCUCGUGAAGGUGGGCUUUUCCUUUAUUUCUUUUAUUUCAAGAUGAAAACUUAGGUCACAGCCAGGGAGCAAUGUUUUGCUCUUGGAGGACAGACACUGAUGUGUCAAGUUCAGCUGGUGGUUUCUAAGUGUCCAGGGACUGCUGAUUGGAGAUUGGGAUUUAACAAAUGUUUGAGGGCCUGCACAAGGCCAGACAAUUGACUCAGCUCACACUGUGUCCCCAGUUUCCCAGGACAUGGCCCUAAAACAAAGUCACUGCACGCUUCGGGGACAAGCAACAGGGAAGGACUGUCCUGCAAGUGAGUCAGUCUCCUGACUGACCUCAAGCCUUCUCUGACCUCCUUGAGCACUAACCGGAAGCCCUGAGGCUAUAUAGCCUGGGGCAGUUUGUGAAGACAGCCCUGUUUUCUGGAGGAUCUAGAUGUAUAUACAUAAACUAAUGAAAUAGGCCCCCAAAAGUGCUAUAAGAGGGGAUACAGAAGGAUGAAGAUGGGCUUGGUAGUGCACACCUAUAAUCUUAGCUAUGUAGGCCAAGGCAGGGGGAUUGCAAUCUGGAGGUCAAUCUGGGCCACUAAAUGACAGGACCCUGUCUCAAAAUAUAAAAGCACUGGGGUCGGGUUAUCUCAUUGGCCAGUGCCUGCUUGCCUCCUCCAGGGCCCUGGGUUCAAUCCCAGCACUGCCCUCCAAAAGAGGGGGCAAGAUGGAAGGCAGGAUUUCUAGAACUGGGGAUGGAGGAGCUCUCUGUAUAUGACAUAGAUUCAGACCCACAGAGGCAAGCGGAAGGUGUGUGUGGCACCAGGCCAAUCCCACCCUGCUCCCACUUCUCAUGCUCCAGUGGUGCGGCACGUGCGUUCACGCUUCCUGUGGCUUGAAGCAGCAGAAGCCGGAGGAGAACUUGCCAGAGGUCACAGGCCUCAUGUUCGUCCCUUCCCUGGCCAGCCUGGAUCACAGGGUACCUGCCUUGUUCAAGAGGUAUGUGGGGACCAGGAGGGGAGCGGGGAGGGUGACCCAUGAGGCAGAGAGAGAAGUUGGGUAAGUGACUUGAGGAGACACCUGUUAGUGUAAGGCAGUAAUUAUCACACCGAGGCAGUGAGUUAGCACAAAGCCAUUCUGUCUUCAGUAUCUAACCAGAAGAAGAGAGAUCUCCAGAAGCUGCCUGCAGCGUAAAGGAAAGUUUUGAAAACUUCCAAGUCAGCAUUCCUUUAGCCAGAAGAGCCAGCUUUCGGGCUAUACUGCCAAACCUCCUCUCAGCUCUAACCCAGCAGCCCCCAGGCCUGAUGACACAGGAGGCUCUUAACUGUUGCUCUUGGGGUCUUGCUGCCAUCUGACUUGAGGGGCUGGACACUGGCUGGUAUGUUUCAGAAGUUUCUCAGGUGAUUUUCUUCUAGCAGGAUCAGGAAGCGUCUCUCUGACUUGACUGCAGGGAGUGGUGAGGCAGGGGCCUCUCAGCCUCUAACACACGGAGUCCUUUCCCCUGCCCCACAGCACAGCAGCUUGUUCAGAAAAGCCUCUGAGCUGUGUAAAGAAGUAAAAUUCAGCUCGGCUAGGAAAAAGUUCACCAGGCCUCAGCCCAUUGCUCAGUGUCCCCACCAUGGUCAAAGGGACAUGACUUUUUUAAAUGGCAUCAGAUGUAAAAAGUUGUCACGUGGGGAACAGGAGUCAAGGUCAUGUUUUUAAGAUAUCACAGGUGAAUGAAUCUGCUAACUUGAGCUGAAUCCCUAAGCCCAAACCCAACAUGUCCACCUGCUCCUGCUUUCUUAUGCUGUGACAAAGGACUGGGGCCCUCCAAGAGCCUUUCAAUGCCUGGAGUGUGAAGUCCAAGCUCUGGGCCAAGAACCCAAGCUCGUUCCCUGAAAUCUUGAGCAGUUUCCUAUUGGGACUACAAACACUGUCGGACUUGGCCCCAGCCACCAUAGAUCCAGUUUGGAUCCAGUGCCCAGCUCUUCAGACUGAGGUCAGAUGUCCUCAGAAACUGUCCUCAGGUGCUAGAGGCCACUGGUAGAGAGUCAGGGACUUGGAGAGCUCAAGGAGAUGGGCAGAUCAUUCAGGUGUCAUGCAAGCACCAUGCGCUGCACUCCCAGAAUUCUCUGAGUAUUUUCUAGUUUUGUACCCAGCCUCUCACCUGCAGACAUGGCCAACUCUUUUAUUGCUUGGCAUCUGAGCCGCUCUGUCCAGCUUUUGCCCGCAGCCUACCACUGAAGCAGCUGCUCACCAGAAAGCAUGCUGUCAACUAAACAGAUUAGUCAAGGAAUUUAUCUUCGCACACCUGUUUUUCAUGUUAACUGAAGAGCUGAGUCCAGAAAUACACAAAGCCUUUCUGUUUACAGAACACCGCAAAUGUCCUUCAAAGUCCCUGCUUGAUGGUCAGCCCGCAGAGGGAGGGUUCUCUCCAUUCGUCAGGUGGUGAGACUGACACCCAGGUCUCAAAGUGUUUGUGGCAUGGGACCAGAUCCCUCUUCUAGUCCCUCUGUGACUCCAGCACCAGGCUUGGCAAUAGAGCUAACUGGGUACUGGGCUUUUUUUUUUUUUUUUUUUUAAAGAUUUAUUUUAUUUAUUAUAUAUAUAAGUACACUGUAGCUGUCUUCAGAUACACCAGAAGGGGGCAUCAGAUCUCUUUACAGAUGGUUGUGAGCCACCAUGUGGUUGCUGGGAAUUGAGCUCAUGACCUCUGGAAGAGCAGUCGGGUGCUCUUAACCGCUGAGCCAUCUCUCCAGCCCGGGUACUGGGCUUUAAAAGCAACUCUAAGGUGAUGUUUCCAAGCUCUUCGUUGCAGGAGCAGGUCAUGAGCUUCUGGGGUCCAAAAUCUUGAGACCAUUAAGUCUAUAAUCGCAGAAUUUGUGAGGUUGAGACAAGAGACUUGCUGCAACUUUGAGGCUAGUGUGGGCUACAUAGCAAUUACCAGACCAGCAAUGUUUCUUUUGCAAGACUGUCUCAAAAAUAAGAAAAAGAAUUAGGGGUUGGGGGUUUAGCUCAGUGGUAGAGCGCUUGCCUAGCAAGCACAAGACCCUGGGUUCGGUCCCCAGCUCCGAAAAAAAAGAAAAGAAAAGAAAAAGAAUUAAAGAAAAAGAAUUAGACAGUUUGAGCCUGGUGGUGCACACCUAUAACUCCAGCACUUAGAAGGUGGAGGCAGGAAGAUCACAAGUUCAAGACCACUCUAUCUUAAAGUAAAAAAGGCCACCGUGAGCUACAUAGUAAAACCUCAUGGGUUGUUUUGUUUUGUUUUGUUUUGUUUUGUUUCGGGGUGCAUGUGGUCUAGGCUGGCCUGAAUGUACUGUGUAGCUGAGGAUAGCCUUGAGCUCCUGAUCCUCUGGCUUGUACCUCCUAAAUUCUGGGAUUACAGACAUGGGCAACCACACCCAGUUUGAGAUUGCUUUAACAAAACAACAAAAAGCUUAUUUAAAACUGAACCCUUGGAGCUUCGCAUAGUGGCAGUAUUGCAGCCAAUGAGGUUUAUCCGAGACGAGGCUAUUGCUAAUAGAAGACUCUUACCAAAAGUGUACCUUUGGAAUUCAGAUGAGACAAAAUGGUCAUGUCUUCCUCCAUAACCCCCAUUUCAAGGGGAAAGUUUGAGGCUAGAAAGCUUUUAUAAUGAAAGUCUAGACAUAAGGGAAGCAAACGGGGCUGAAUCACUGGUUCUCUGGCUGUCAGUGGGAUGGAGGAAUUUACCUGUUACUGGAAACCUGACUUCUCUAGGGUUGCCACUGUGCAGCUGCAUGGAGCUCAGACCAGCCCUGCAUUGAAAAUGCAGCUAAGCCUGCGUGGAGGGCUAAAGGGCUGAUGGAGGCUUCCUGCCUUAUGAGACAGAAAAGCUAGAAGGAAAGUCAACUCUCACUCGGCCAACAGUAACCAUUAUCCAGGACUCUACCAUUUACCUUGGCUGCCAAGAAGCUCCAAGCUUGGAUUGCUGUUUCUCUCUCUCUUCUUUGAGAUAUUACAAACGCCUUGUAGUUAUAGCAUCCUUGCCCCAGCCAGAGGAAGCCAGCCCUUUUCUGAACCCAUGUAGUAUUUUAUACAAAGGUUUUAUGCUUCUAUGCUUUGGUUGUGACUCAUGGUUUUGGGUCCCGAGUUGCAUGCGUCUGAGGGCACCAACGUACUUUGUUCUGCUUAUGCUCCAGAACAGUUGAUUAAGCCUAAUGCAUUGCUCAUAUCCACGGAGGCCCAUGGGGUGGAUGGUGGCUAAACAGUUAAUCUGUCCAUGAAGGAAAAGAAGCCAGGAGUUCUUCCUUCCCUAGAUCUUAGCCAGAAGGCCAAGAAACAGCCAGGAGUCCUUUCUUUAAGCAUGCAGAUGUCUUAAUGUCUGCACAUUUCCCCUUUGUGCCAGCUGGCCAUAGCUUCAAAGCAUGCUGGUGUCCAGCUACUCUAACACUGUGCAGGUAGCACAGACACCCUGUGCUCUUCAGGGCCCCAUGGGAAACGUGCAGUUCAGCCUAUUUCUGGCUUCCCAGAGCUGCUGUAGACCUGAUAUCUCUGUGCCUUCUCUGUCCCUACACUGGGUAGGAUUUGGAUCUGUCUCUCGUCCGUGGAGUCAUCAAGUCUGUGAGCCCCUAGUGGGCAGGGAUCUGACUCCAUGUUUGACAACUCUAGACCUCUGCACGGUUCUGGGCCUUCAUGGGCAGCUCCUGGUCGGGGAAGACGUCUGCAUGAGCUUUCUAACCGACUGGAGCCGGAGGAGCCACGCCCCCAGGAAGAAGCCGCUAAUUCCGGUAUGGUUGCUGCAGCUGGUGUUGUGAAUCAGGCCGACGAGCAACGCAUCCUCUUACCCGGCUAUUUCACGACACCAGGGUUGCACCCUACCCAUCCUCUCCAGGCAAGCCUCGCGGGACCACAGGACACAGGAACUUGGGGACAGGGUGGGUUGGGACAACUGACUGUGAAAGAUAAUGUCCGGCAGCCCAUAGUGUGUCUGUCAUACAUUUCGCAAUCACCUGGGGCCGCUGUGUCUGCCCUCCCCACUGCUCUGCCCAAGCCCAUGAAGGCUCAGAGGUAUGAUCUCAGAGUCAGCUUCCCCAGAGGUUCUAAUCCACAGGCAGCAAGAAGGAAGCAGGUAGGCCCAGGGCUCAGAAUUGAACUGCUCCCUUGUUCUUGUCUGACCAUGCGUGGGCCCUCCCGGCUCCACUCCUUUAGAUUACAUCACUCAACGGCUGCUCCUGGCACCACAACACCCAGGACAAAAGCAGCUCCUCAUCCUGGUAUCCAAGGCCCUUCCUGUCAAGAAUCCCUACUCAUAAACAUCUUUGCCCAUGGGUUCUCCCACCCCACCCUCCAAAGAAGCCUGGCUUCAUACAAAAUGCUAAUGCCAUCAUCUCUUGACCUCAGGACUCUCCGCCAUUGCCACUUGAAAGUCGGUCUAUGAGGCCCCAAGGUUCUCUCUCUCAUGUGCACACCCUGCCUGCUUGGCCCUAACACACAGGACUUCCUGCUCUGUUGGAAGCCCAAGCCACAUUUUCUCCAGGGCCUUUGCUCCCUUCCUGCCUAUCUCCCCCCCCCCCCGCCGCACCCCCCCCCCCACAGUUCCUGCUCACACAGGGGUAGCCAAGCUCAAGAUUUGCAUCCUCAAAGAGGCCUAGUGGGCCACCUAAGAAAAGCUUUAUUUUCUUCAUAGCACAUAUCAGUAAGUGUAUUCUGAUGAUUGCCUGUCUGUUUAUUACCGCCUGCCCCCCCCCCCUCUAGAAUGUGAGCCCCUGGAGGACAGGGACUUGUCUUGUUUUAGGGAGGAUGGGGGCGGGGCUCACUCACACAGAAAACUGUAUAUGUUAAUUACCUAAGAAGUGUGGUGGAAUGGGUAGACAGCCCCUUCAGCCUGCUAUCCCACCAAUUCUCUAUUCUUUCAGCCAACCACCCUCCUCCUCUCUCCGUACCCAGCUUUCCUCUCAGCCCCCAUCUCCUGUGAGGUCCCCUCCUCUGCCGGUGCUUCAUUCUCUGAGCCUCCAGGUUCAGGGCCUGGUAUAUACAAGGCACUUUUUGGAGGGGACUCUGUGGCCAUGAAGAUUGCAGGCCUAGGGUAGGGAGGCUGGGAACUGCCCUCCUGUCCUUGUGGCUCAGCCAGAGGAUUUUUCUUUUUUUCUGAUCUCUGAGUCUGUCUGGUCCCUGGCUAGUCAUGGUACAAGUGUGGCUCCCGCCUCGCUGUGGUAAUAGUUGAGGCUCAUCCAGUGGGGAGACUCUCUCAGAGACACCCCCACCUCACCCCCAGGCAAAACAAACAGAAUGGAAACUUCUCGAGCUCCAAUCUCAGGACUGUACUCAGAGUAGGGGUCCUAUAUCUUUUCAGAAACUGGAUCCAGGGCGUUCGGCAUCCCAUCUGUCACGAGCAGUCCAUUUUCAGGGUCUGUGCUUUGGCACAAGGUAUCAAACAGUUACCAGCUGGCCUACUGAUAAGCCCCUCAAGGGAUCCAGCCUAAACCUCUUUCCAGAGAGUGCAGUGGGCAGCAGGUUUUGGGAAGCAAACCCACACCCCUUCCAGCUAACAGAAGUGCUUUGCAGAAAGGAAGGGUUUGUGUGCCAAGGUCACUCAGCAAUUUCACAGCCUUUUACUCCUGGCUGAAAACCAGCACUGGCCUCUUCUAUCCCAAGAUCUUUAUCUGGAAUUUUCCAUAGCUGCCAGGGCACAGUGUGUUGGAAUGGUGUGGGGAUGCUGGGUAGCUGUGAUUUUUACCAGGUAGUUGUCGUUUAACACUCGGAAGAUAAGAUCUGCCCCGAGGGCCAUGGACCUGUUGGGGGGUGGUGUGGGGGAGGCUUCACUAAUCCCACCACCCAUGCCAAGAAGGUAGAAAUCUGACCAGGAAGGGUCCCUGGCCCCUGAGUCCUUACUUCAAGCCUUCAGCCCUGCUGGGAGCUGGCAAGGGAAAGGCGUUCAUGUGUCCACCUUUAAGUCUUCCUCUGCUCACCGCUUAAUGUCCAAUAGAGGCAGGAUCUGUGCUGUGGGGACCCCCAAAGACCCCUUGCGUGCCCACCUCGAGGUAAUCCUGCCAGCCAAGGAUUGCCCACCAGGCUUAGCUUUCCUUGGUUCUAGUCUCCUUCACUCUUUCCCUGCACAGCCAAAGCGUUUAUUGAGCACCGGCGUGAAAGUCCGGCUGGUCGAGAUAAUCACUGAAGAAUCAAUCGUGCGAGGUCCCCGCCUUUGCGGCUGCCUUUCCAAGCAAUUGAAGGGAACACUUGCCCCCUCGAUGAAAAGGAGCACUGAGGUCUGAGAACUUCUCCAUGCUCAUAGGAUGACGCUGGGACAGUCUCUAACUGGUCCCAGCACUGUCUUCCUAGCUAGACACAUCUGUCCUGCUCCCUCUGGCCCAGAGCGCAUCUUCCUGUUGGAGGUGCCAGGGUCUGGAUGCCUUGGAGCAGGUCCCCUAGGGGAUAUAGGUAGGCCCUGAGAAAUAGGCCGUGGGAGGGAGCAGUGUUUUCCUCCAGUUUCCUCUGGAAGAUGCUGGAGCCUGAAACGGAAGCUGAGCCUAAGCGGAGUCCCAGUACUGAGUGGACAGAAGCCUUCUGAACUUUACUCAGCCCAGGCCUCGGUAGGAACAAGGCAGGUAAAAGGCCUCCUCCAGGAAGCCUUCCUGGGCUGUCCACACCUUAACCCUUCACUGGUGACCCACUCCUGCAGCUGUCUGCUUACCUCACAGCUGGUCUGGCCUGUUGCUUCCGGCUGUAGCUUUUCAUGAGCUCUUGCUCCACUGUGGCUUCUCCAAGUCCCUGGCUCCCACUGCCAGAGCAUGGGGUGCUAGUAAAGGUCUGUUGGACAGCGAUGAGAGUUCUCAAACCUUAUUUUUAACUUCACAAACUUUAUUUUAAGAAAUCUUGCGCCAGAUGUGGUAGUGCCUGCCUUUCAUCCCAGUACUUGGGAGACAGAGGCAAGAGGAACUUGAGUUUGAGUUCGGGUGAGUUUGAGGCCAGCCUGGUCUACAAAGUGAGUUAGAGGACAGCCAGAGCUAUUAGCAUACAGAGAAACCCUGUCUCGAAAAACAAAAAAUAUCUUGCAAAUAAAUAAAAAGCUCCAUACCAAAUUUAACCAUACCCGCAAAUCAUCACAACUUAAUGAACUUCUUCCUAUACAGGUAGAAUUGGUGUAGAAAUGGAAGCUGCAGGCCUUCACAUUAAUUUACACAUUUAGGAUCGAAUGGAUGUUUUGCAAUUGUCCCCCAUCCAACCCAAAACCAAAACCAAAACAAAACAGAAAAACCGUGACAGUUAGAACUAGGAAAACAUUAGCCUUUGUCCCCUUUCCGUGUCCUUGCCUGGUUCAGGCCUUCCCCAUCCCUGUAUGUUCAGCCUUCCUAUGCUCUUUCUUCAUGUUAUGCUGUACCCACAGGGACUUUGGUUUUUAUACAUACAUAGAUGCUUUUGGCUAGAUUCCACAUGAGGGAGAAGGUGUGGUUUAUUUCUGAGAUUGUGUGAUCUUACCUUAUAUUCAUUCUGAGACCAUCCAUUUCCUGGAAACAUUUAAACUGGAUAGCUGAGUGGCAUGCGUAUAUAUAAUUUAUACAUACAUAUAUGUGUGUGUAUAUACAUAUACAUAUACAUAUAUACUACAUAUAUAUAUGUGCAUAUAUAUAUGUAGAUUUAUUAUCCAUUUGUCUGUUGAUGGACAAAGUCAAUUCCAAAUCUUUGUUAGAGUCAAUAAAGCAGCAGUAAAUACUCACAGUCUUCUCGUAUUCUUUUUUUUUUAAAAGAUUUAUUCAUUUAUUAUAUAUAAGUACACUGUAGCUGUCUUCAGACACACCAGAAAAGGGCAUCAGAUCUCUUUACAGAUGGUUGUGAGCCACCAUGUGGUUGCUGGGAAUUGAACUCAGGACCUCUGGAAGAACAGUCGGGGCUCUUAACCACUGAGCCAUCUCUCCAGCCCGUCUUCUCGUAUUCUUGUAAGAGGCUGCGUCACCUCACUGGGAAGCAAACUGAGAGCAAAUUCAGGGCAUGUGUCUGAGGGCAGAGGAAGCAGGCUUUAGCGGAGGCCCUAAGCCUCAGGUGAUCCAGGGAAAGCCUGGGUGAGCCUUCAGAGUCAAGGCAGGAUGUCAGGCUUUUAUGGCUCACAGCCAUCAGUUACUGAAUGCCCAGCCUCCCAGGGAAAGACAGUUCUGGGUGGGGCCAUUCAUGAAAGGGCUGACUCUGGGGACCCUCACAGCCACAAGUCCACUGCCGUCUUAGAACAUAUCGAGCAUUCACUACUUCAUGCAUCAAGACCCAGGGUGUCUUUCAUACCAGGGCACUGUCCCUGCCAUGGAUAAUAAGAGCCUUCAGGAACACUGCUUCAUGGGUCCAGGGAGGAAAUCUCUGGACUCUAAACUAUGGCCUCCGUAGGCCAGCCUAUGAAUGCAGAGAUCAGAUAUGGCACUGGGCCUGAUUGUCCUAGAGGCCAGUGACCAGGAGCAAACCCUCAAGGUUUGUCAGCCAAGAGGUGGCUGCAGGUCUGGCUUGAGGCCACUGCUCAUAAUGUAUAUUGAAAUGUAUCAGGAGAGACGCUGAGACUGUGAGGGACAGAGACUGGAAGACAGGCUUCCUUUUUGUUAUAUGCAUGUCCUAAGAUGACAUCCAUUCAAACCAGUAAGUAAAAUGGAAGAAAUACAAGGACUGUUAACCUGCAGUGUAGGUAGGCACUGGCAACAAGGCCUUCUCUGGGUCCUCCCUCACGUCUGCUGCUUCCUAGGCUUAGAAGAGCUGCUGCAGGACUCAGAGAUGUGGCUCGUGGCUCUAACCCGGCCCUCCUGCUUCAAAGUGGCCCCUGUAUCAAGGAUCAGAUACAUGGGGGCAGGACAGCAGUUGCUACGCUCCGCCUCCCACUCUAGCAGAGACCCUGCUCCUUUGCCAUGGGCUGUCUGGAUCAAGCUCCCGCCUUCUCCCAGCUGGUGCCCAGCCUAUAAAGCCACCCUGAGUGUCCUUGCCCACUCUGUCCCCUCCUUUGACACCCGGAGCCAUAAUGGCAGAGCUACCCGUGACAGAGAUGCCAGGCGAUGCUCUGUGCAGUGGGCGCUUCACCAUCAGCACGCUGCUGGGGGGUGACGAGCCCCCACCAGCUGCCUGUGACAAUAGCCAGCCCAGCCAUUUGACCCAUGGCAGCACCUUGUACCUACGCACCUUUGGUUACAACACUAUAGAUGUGGUACCCGCCUACGAACACUACGCUAACAGCGCUCUGCCCGGCGAGCCCCGGAAGGUGCGGCCCACCCUGGCUGACCUGCACUCGUUCCUCAAGCAGGAAGGUAGCCACCUGCAUGCCCUGGCCUUUGAUGGACGGCCAGGCCAUGAGCUGACUGAUGGACUUGUGGAAGACGAGACAGGCGCCAACAGCGAGAAGAGCCCUGGAGAACCUGUGCGUUUCGGCUGGGUCAAGGGAGUGAUGAUCCGAUGCAUGCUCAACAUAUGGGGUGUGAUCCUCUAUCUGCGGCUGCCCUGGAUUACGGCGCAGGCGGGCAUUGUCCUGACCUGGCUCAUCAUCCUGCUGUCAGUCAUGGUGACAUCUAUCACCGGCCUCUCUAUCUCGGCCAUCUCCACCAAUGGCAAGGUCAAGUCGGGUGGUACCUAUUUCCUAAUUUCUCGGAGUCUGGGACCUGAGCUGGGGGGCUCCAUUGGCCUCAUCUUCGCCUUUGCCAAUGCCGUGGGUGUGGCCAUGCACACUGUGGGCUUUGCAGAGACCGUACGAGACCUACUUCAGGAGAACGGCACACCCAUUGUAGACCCCAUCAAUGACAUCCGCAUCAUCGGUGUGGUCACGGUCACUGUGCUGCUGGCCAUCUCGCUGGCUGGGAUGGAGUGGGAGUCCAAGGCCCAGGUGCUGUUCUUUCUUGUCAUCAUGGUCUCUUUUGCCAACUACCUGGUGGGCACGCUGAUCCCAGCAUCUAAGGACAAAGCCUCCAAAGGUUUCUACAGCUACCAUGGGGACAUUUUUGUUCAGAACCUGGUACCCGACUGGAGAGGCAUCGAUGGUAGCUUCUUCGGGAUGUUCUCCAUCUUCUUCCCUUCAGCCACAGGCAUUCUGGCAGGGGCCAACAUCUCUGGGGACCUCAAGGACCCUGCUGUCGCUAUUCCCAAGGGAACACUCAUGGCCAUUUUCUGGACCACCAUUUCCUACCUUGCCAUCUCGGCCACCAUCGGGUCCUGUGUGGUGAGGGAUGCCUCUGGGGACGUGAACGACACCGUAACUCCUGGCCCAGGCCUCUGUGAAGGGCUAGCCUGCGGUUAUGGCUGGAACUUCACGGAAUGCUCCCAGCAGCACAGCUGCCGCUAUGGCCUCAUCAACUACUACCAGACCAUGAGCAUGGUGUCUGCCUUCGCACCCCUGAUCACAGCCGGCAUCUUUGGGGCCACCCUGUCCUCGGCCUUGGCCUGUCUUGUCUCAGCUGCCAAGGUCUUCCAGUGCCUGUGCGAAGACCAGCUGUACCCUCUGAUUGGCUUCUUUGGCAAGGGCUAUGGGAAGAACAAGGAACCUGUGCGUGGCUACUUGCUGGCCUACGCCAUCGCGGUGGCCUUCAUCAUCAUUGCUGAGCUCAACACCAUCGCUCCCAUCAUUUCUAACUUCUUCCUCUGCUCCUACGCCCUCAUCAACUUCAGCUGCUUCCAUGCCUCCAUCACCAACUCACCUGGAUGGAGACCCUCCUUCCGAUACUACAGCAAGUGGGCGGCGCUGUUUGGGGCAGUGAUCUCCGUGGUCAUCAUGUUCCUGCUUACCUGGUGGGCAGCUCUCAUUGCCAUUGGAGUCGUUCUCUUCCUCCUGCUCUAUGUGAUCUACAAGAAGCCAGAGGUAAACUGGGGCUCCUCAGUGCAGGCUGGCUCCUACAACCUGGCCCUGAGCUACUCCGUGGGCCUCAAUGAGGUGGAAGACCACAUCAAGAACUAUCGCCCCCAGUGCCUGGUGCUUACAGGACCCCCCAACUUCCGCCCAGCUCUUGUGGACUUUGUGAGCACGUUUACCCAGAACCUAAGCCUGAUGAUCUGUGGCCACGUGCUCAUUGCACCCGGCAAACAGAGAGUGCCGGAGCUCCGACUCAUCGCCAGCGGACACACCAAGUGGCUGAACAAGAGGAAGAUCAAGGCCUUCUACUCUGACGUCAUAGCUGAGGACUUGCGCAGUGGCGUCCAGAUUCUCAUGCAGGCCUCGGGUCUGGGAAGAAUGAAACCUAACAUUCUGGUGGUUGGCUUCAAGAAGAACUGGCAGUCUGCCCACCCAGCCACACUGGAGGACUACAUUGGCAUCCUGCACGAUGCCUUUGACUUCAACUACGGGGUGUGCAUCAUGAGGAUGCGUGAGGGGCUCAAUGUCUCUGAGGCGCUGCAGACGCACAUUAAUCCCAUGUUUGACCCCAGAGAGGGAGACAGGAGAGCCAGUGGCAGAAAGGCUGGGCCAUCUGUGUCUGGCAUGGCAGCCCCAGAGGCACUGGUACAGGAGGAGCAGACCAGCACCAUCUUCCAGUCGGAGCAAGGCAAGAAGACCAUUGACAUCUACUGGCUGUUUGACGAUGGAGGCCUCACCCUCCUCAUCCCUUAUCUCCUGCACCGCAAGAAGAGAUGGGGCAAAUGCAAGAUCCGCGUGUUCGUUGGGGGCCAGAUCAACAGGAUGGAUGAAGAGAGAAAGGCGAUCAUUUCUCUGUUGAGCAAGUUCAGACUGGGAUUCCAUGAAGUCCACGUCCUUCCUGACAUCAACCAGAAGCCCCAGGUGGAGCACACCAAGCGGUUUGAGGACAUGAUUGCCCCCUUCCGUCUCAAUGACGGCUUCAAGGACGAGGCCACUGUUGCCGAGAUGAGGAGGGACUAUCCCUGGAAGAUCUCAGACGAGGAGAUUAAUAAGAACAGAAUUAAGUCCCUUCGGCAGGUGAGGCUGAAUGAGAUUCUCCUGGAUUACUCCCGGGAUGCUGCUCUGAUCAUCCUUACCUUGCCCAUUGGAAGGAAGGGGAAGUGCCCCAGUUCACUGUACAUGGCCUGGCUGGAGACCCUGUCCCAGGACCUCAGUCCUCCCGUUCUCCUCAUCCGAGGUAACCAGGAGAACGUGCUCACCUUUUACUGCCAGUGAUGUCCAGUGUGGCAGUUCCUGCCGAGAGCUGAGCGCGUGGGAUAGAGUCGGAACUCACGCUCUCCAGCUGGAGAAGAGGCUUCAAUUCCUGCUGUGUCAUCACAUCUACCGGCUGUGUUUCCAAGCUGGCUGCACCCCAUCAGACACACCUUCUAGACCUUGAAGUUGCACGGAAAAGCUUCUGGAAGAGUCUUAUCUCUUUUUAAAAAGCUUUUCUUUUUUUUUUUUGUCUUGAUGACCGAAAUAUUAGUCAUUGAUUCAGUCUUUGAUUUGUAUACAAAUCGAGUCCCAGUAUUGGGUGUGCAACUUGACAAUCUCUCUCGGGACCUUCCCUGUGACCACCCCCAAAGCUGUCUCAUCUCCCCCAGACAGAGCAGGAGCCCAUCCUGAGGACCCAUGUGGAGUUCUGAUGACCACAGGACCCUUUGAGCUACACAGCAACACACAUUUCUCCUCCUGUUCCCUUUCAGUGAUGGAUCCUGGGUGCUCCUACUAGUUAUUUAGACCAGGGUCCUCUGGGUUCUUUGAUUACAAAUUCUAUGGUUUCCUCAGAGACUCAGAACACACAGAACAAUGGUAGGGAAGCAUCACAAACUGGUCCUCACUCUCGAGGGUGCUUCUCUCCCCUCUCCCCUCUCCCCUCUCCCCUCUCCCCUCUCCCCUCUCCCCUCUCCCCUCUCCCCCCUCUCUCCCCUCUCUCCCCUCUCCCCUCUCCCCUCUCCCCUCUCUCCCCUCUCUCCCCUCCCCCCCCUCCCUCUCUCUCUCCUUUUUCCUUCUGACAGAGUCUUAUGUGGUCCAGGCUGGCCUUGAACUUGUUCUGUAGUCAAGAAUAGCUUCAAACAUCUGAUCCCCCUGCCUCCAUUACAGAGCACAGGGAUUCCAGGCACAUUCACAUAGGCAUGUUUCACGAGGUGAUAGGGACCACACCUACGGUUGAUGGGUGCCGGCAAUCACCUGCUGACUAUGCUACCCCCGCCCAGUCUCUAGUGUGCUCCUUUGAAGUUGAUUGCAACCUUCUAAAUGAUCUUCAAACCCACUCGUGUGCAGUGACCCGUGCUUUGAAAAACAGGUUUAAUUUCUGGAGGUUGUGUGUAGGGUCUGUUGCUGGUUGGUUUCUUUGUUGCUCGGGAAUUUUGUUUUGUCAACUUGACAGGAGCUAGGGCCAUCUAAGCAGAAGGAACCUCAAUUGACAAAAUGCCUCCUGCUGAUUGGCGGCCUGUAAUGAUUGACGGGGUGGGGGCCAGCCCACUGUGUUGCCGUACCACCAUGAGCAGGUGGUCCUGGGGUGUAUAAGAAAGCAGGCUGAGCAAGCUAUGGGAGCAAGCCAGUGAGGAGUGUCUCUUCAUGGCUUCUGCUUCAGUUCCUGCCUGGAGUUCCUUCCCUGACUUCUCUUCAUUAUAAACCAUAAGCCAUAAGAUGAAAUAAACCCUUUUCUCCCCAA